CCUAUACCUAGUGCUAUGGAGAAACAUUAUCAUGUAUCUGAGAAGUAUUUAUAUCACAUUCUGAAUUGUACUACCUUGUCUAUGGUAAUAUACAUUUACAUUCGUGGGAACAGCCUCUUCUAUAAUUUAGCUGCGCUACCUGUAUCAGCCUUUAGUACCUCCGCAGCAGUCGUAGUGGUACCAGAGAUCCAACAAUUUCCAUACAACACCAACGUCCCAUACAUAUUGUCGAAGAAGAUUAUGUUUCGAAAUUUGUUCCUUCUUCUUGUUUUGAAUGUUAUUUGCAAUCACAUCGAUUCUACAGUUAUUCAUUGCACAUUACCAACAUUUUUCCAAUGCAAAAAUUGGAAAUGCAUUUCAUCGAAAUUUACAUGUGAUGGAAACAAUGAUUGUGGUGACAACUCCGAUGAAGAAGGCUGCUUUGAUAUUGUAGAAGGAUCUCGUAAUAUUCGGGUUACCACGAUUCACGAUUUACAAUGUGCCACGGACGAAUAUCAAUGUCUCGAUCAAUCUUGCAUACCGAGUGAAAAGUUUUGUGAUGCCAGAUUGGACUGUGCUGACGGGACCGACGAAUAUAAAUUACUCAAUAACGGGACAUGCGCAGAUAUUGAUGAAUGUGAAAAUUACGGCAUAUGUGAUCAGCAGUGCGUUAAUACUCUUGGAUCUUACGUAUGUUCUUGUCAAUCUGGUUACAGAUUGUAUAAUGAUUUAGGAGCAUGCAAAGUCGAAAGUGGCGAAGCUUUAAUGGUGUUUUCAUUAAAAUCUGAAAUCCAUGGUUUAUAUCUCGAUUCCCAAGUAUAUUAUACGUUACUACGUAAUUUGCAACAUGCUGUAACGGUCUCGUUAGAUGCUAAUUAUGUAUACUGGUCCGACGUACAAAACGGAAGUAAAGUAAUUAUUAAGAGUUUAGAAGAUGGAUCUAACGAAAAAGUCAUUGUAACAACUGGUGUGGAUAGUCCCGGUGAUGUUGCAGUUGAUUGGGUAACGAACAAUGUAUAUUUCACUGACACCGGUUUCAUGAGCAUCGGUGUUUGCGAUAACGAUGGUUCUUAUUGUACUGUGAUAAUUGAACAAACGAAUGGUGGACCAAGGGGUCUAGCUUUGUUACCAUCAAGUGGUGUUAUGUACUGGACAGAAUGGGGCGCAAAUUCGCGUAUAUCAAUGGCAGGCAUGGAUGGAAAGAACAGCAGAGUAAUAAUCGCGGAGAAUUUAAAAUGGCCGAACAGUCUGUCUAUCGACUAUGCGAAUAACAGACUCUAUUGGAUUGAUAGGAAAUUGAAAUUAAUUGAAACAGCUCGUCUGGAUGGUACCGAUCGCAGGGUUGUAUUGAAAGAUAUAGCGAAAAUGCCUUUUUCAUUAGCCGUUUUUGAGGACAAGCUGUACUGGAGCGACAGGUCAUCGAAAACUAUAGAAUCGUGCGACAAAUUCACCGGCAAAGAUCGGAAGGUUUUAGUAAACGCGAAUAACACUAUUCAUGGAGUGCAUAUUUAUCAUUCUGUUUUAAGGCCUAACAUUUCACAUCCUUGCCAUUCGAACCCCUGUUCGCAACUGUGUCUACUAAAUUCAGAGAGCGGGUACACUUGUGCUUGUGUGUCGGGUAAAGAACUCGAUUCAGAUCGGCAUACAUGCAGUGCCAAUAAAAAACGGGUGCGCCUCGGUAUCGCAGCUGGAAAUAUAAUUAUAGAUUAUUACCACGAGCUACUGGAGAAACCGAGAAUAAUGGCGAACCUCACGUUUGGCCAAAUCGCUGCUGUCACGUAUAAUCCCGUAACUGAUGGUCUUUUUGUGAGUGACCGGUUAUCGGACACGAUUUUCCAUAUCAACGCGAAUAACGGAGAGUUGGAGUCUUUGAUAUACUUCGAGAACGAACUAUUAGGAGGAAUGGAUUUCGAUUACAUUGGCAAUAAUUUGUAUCUGUCCGAUGUAAACCACAAAACAAUCGAAGUUCACAGCUUAAGUACAAAGGAGAAAACGGUGUUUUACUUUCAAGAAGAGCCCCACGCGAUUGCUCUAAUACCAGAAGAAGGGCUAAUGUUCGUAGUCUUCCGCGCGAACGGAACGUACAACAUAGAUUUAAUGAAGAUGCACGGAAUUGGCCCGAGAAUUCCAGUCGAAGGACACAAAAUGCCUUUGUUAGGGCCGACGGUAGCACUGUAUUAUGACAGAGACUUGAAACGAUUGUUUUGGAGCGAUCAGGGCACUGGUCGGAUCGGUAGCACAGCGGUCAAAGAUUCCGAGACGUACAUCUUCCGCACCGGAUUAUCAGAGCCCGUAAGCCUCGCUCUCGUCGGUGAUUAUGUAUUUUGGACGCAGUACAAGUCGAAUCACUUGUAUUGGACUAGUAAAACCAACGUACAGCAGUAUCAGAAACGUAUUGCGUUACGAGUUCCAAACGAUUUGGAUAAACUACAGUUGGUCAGCUCGCGGAGGCCGUUGAUAAAGGAGCACGAAUGUCGCAGGAACAAUGGUAACUGUUCCCACGUGUGUCUGGUGUUUAAUCUACAUUCAUACACUUGCGCAUGUCCACCUGAAAUGGCGUUACUUAAGAAUAACCAAACGUGCCAUCCUCAAACUGCGUGCAAUCCGGGUGAAAUGAAGUGUGGAGAACACGAUGUGUGCAUAAAAUUGCUUCAGAGAUGCGAUGGCAAACAAGAUUGUCCAAACGGCGAGGAUGAAUCGAGCGUGUGCGAUGAAUUUCAAUUGUCGAAAUGCGAUAAAACCAGUCAGUUUCAAUGCAAAAGCGGUGAAUGCAUAAACAUAACAUCCCGCUGCAAUUUCCACUACGAUUGUCCGGACGGGGAUCGAUCUGACGAGGAGAACUGCGAUAAAAAGGAAUGCAACAGCGGUAAGUUUCAAUGCCACGAGGGUAGUUGUAUAUCGAAAUAUCUAGUUUGCGAUGGGAACAACGACUGCUCCGACUAUUCCGAUGAAAUGAAUUGCCAUGAACACAAAUGCGACGCAACGAGUUUCACCUGCGACAGCGGGUCUUGUAUUCCGGCCACAUGGAAAUGCGACGAUACUGUCGACUGUCCAGAUGGCUCCGACGAAGGUGAAAUGUGCCAAAGACGUUCGUGUACGUCUGAAAUGUUCACGUGCACCAAUGGCCGUUGCAUCGAUAUUAAUUUAAAGUGCAAUGCAAUUAACGACUGCGACGAUAACAGCGACGAACGUUAUUGCACAGGAAAAGCCAGCACCUCCAAUUGCACCGCGGAUGAAUACAGAUGUUACAAUACAGACAUAUGUCUUCCCAAACAAGCAAAGUGCGAUGGAGUUCAAGACUGCCCGAAAAACGAUGACGAGCGUAAUUGCGCUCGAUGCCAGAGGGGAGAAUACGCUUGCGACAAUAAAGUUUGCAUCUACGAAUCCUGGGUGUGCGAUCAGAUCGAUGAUUGUGGAGACAAAUCCGAUGAAAGAGAUUGUGACGGCGGUAAUUCGAGAAGAAUCGCUGUCAACGCCGCUUCUAAUUGCCAGGAAUUCAAAUGUUCCAACGGAAUUUGUCUUCCCUUUGAAAAAGUCUGCGACGGGAAACCAGAUUGUCCAGAUCAAAGCGACGAAUUCGAACAAUGCGCACUCUCAUGCGCAAAGAAUAAUCCUUGCAAGCACGUGUGCCAUAAAACUCCCCAUGGUCCCGUGUGUGGUUGUCAAAGUGGUUAUAAAUUGGACAGCGAUUUGCAAUCGUGCAAGGAUAUCGACGAGUGUGAACUUAACAUUUGUUCGCAAGUUUGUCACAACAGCAUUGGGUCGUUCACUUGUUCCUGUCAUGAGGGAUACGUUCUCCGAAACGAUAAAAGGUCUUGUAAAGUGGCAGGACCACAAAUGGAACUAAUCGUCGUCGCCGGAAACACCAUCAGAAAGUUGUCGCGAAACUUAUACUCAAUUAAAAUCAUCUAUGAACAGUUGAAUUCUGAUAUAUCUGGCAUUGACGUGAACGUACAAGAAGGGACCAUUUACUGGAGCAAUGAUAUGUUAAGUACGAUUAGUAAACUGCAUAUGGGAAGCAGAAACCGAAAAAUCGUGGCCGGACUUGGAAGACCCAACGCUCUUGCUGUUGAUUGGGUUACUGGUAACGUAUACUUCAGCGACAACGACCAUGUGAGCAGCAUCAAGGUCUGCAAUUUAGAUGAACAAAAGUGCGCUAAAAUAGUUACCGUUGGACCGCGAAAUAAAGCUCUGGCCAUUGUUGUUGAUCCACAAGAAGGGCGGUUAUUUUGGAGUCAGACUAAUUGGAUGCUUUACGACAAACCAACUACUAAAAUAUAUCGGUCCGACACUGCGGGUUCCAACGUAAAGGCAAUUGCUAAUCGAAACAUUGGAAUUGUUUCGUCGUUGGUAAUUGAUCGCACGAGGUCUAGAUUAUACUGGGCAGACACUUUGUUAAAAACUAUUGAAUCUUGCAAUUUCGAUGGCACCGACCGAGCGAUAUUUUUGAAAACCGACGUUUAUCAAGCUCGAAGCUUGAACAUAUAUGAAGAUAAUUUGUAUUGGUUAAUGGGUACAACUGGUACAUUAAAAAAAUGCAAAUUAUACGAUGACAAGAAAUGUACUACAAUUUCCAUUGGUAUCUCCAGUAUCAGCAAAUAUUUUACAAUUUUACACACAUCCACGCAAUCUACUGCACAGAAUACUUGUAAAGAUCACGAAUGUGAUUACAUGUGUGUAUUGGGUAAGAAUGAUUCUACGUGUAUUUGCCAUGACGGUCGCUCAGAAAGUCUUAAAGGCACUUGUGUACAAGACGCAAAUGUAAAACUCAAAUUCGAAUCGGGUGUGAUUGACCAAAAAGGCGAACACAUUCGUCAGAAAAGUGGAACGUUGAUUGGAGUGAUAAUCACACUGUUGGCUUGUACGAUUAGCAUCGUCAUAUUUGGAUACUUUUAUUAUCAGAAAGUGAAGCCCAACUCUUCAAAAAAAUGUCUUAGUAUUCAUUUCCAAAAUUCUACGUAUAAUCAACAAGACAAGAGCGUAACAUCCCUUAACACUCUGUCUGCUUUGUCUCCAGGCGAACACGAAUAUGUAAAUCCGGUAACCCUUGGAAUAAAAAAGCAAGAUGAAAAGUCAAUGGAGAAGGAUAAGAAUCGAAUGGUGAACAUUAAUGAUUCCGACUAUUCCGAAUCAGGAUCUGAAGAUUUAACAUAUAAACCGAACGCUCGUUUGAUAAGUUAAAAUAUAAAUUAAUUGAAGCGUUCGAGUGAAAUGUAUGUAUAAAGAAUUACGAAUGUAAACCGAAUUGUGUACAUAUGUGUAUGUGUGUAUGUAGAUUAAUGAAAAUUAUGUAUUGAAAAAUGAAAAAGGAGGCUGUUCACACUGUUGUGUAACAAUAAAUGAAAACAAAACAGCCAA